AUGAGCAACCUCAAACGAAAAGACGCCCCUGGCGGCAAUCCGCCCGCCAAAUUGGCUAAGAACACAAAGGAAGCUCGAACUACAACAAAAGAAAAUGCCGGCAAAGAUGCGAAGCCCGCUCCCAAGAAGAGCGCCGAGGUACCUGAGAAGGCUCCUGUCGUGUCGCUGUUGAAGGAGGAGGGAGCUAUGAUGCCUCGAGGCGGCGCCAGUAUUCUCACUCCUCUGGAGCACAAGAAGAUUCAGCUUGAGGCUAAGGCUGAUGCUAUGCGCGACGAAGAGUUCAACACUGGCGGCAAAGUCCUACAGAAGAAGAAGCGGAAGACGGCGCUGAAGGGUGACAAGAAGACAGAUAAAAAGACCGGAGAGGAGGAACAGGCAGUCAGAGUUGAGAGUCUCAGCUUCAAGAACUUGGUCAAGGGCUCUCUCGUCCUCGUACAGGUCACACGAAUCAACAACCUCGAUAUCGAAGUCGCACUACCUAACAACCUUACUGGACACAUCUCCAUCGUCGCCGUUUCUCAACAGUUGACAGAGCGUCUUGAGAACGAGACUGCGGAGAAGGACAACGAGGAUGAAGACGAUGCUGACGAUGACGGUAUCGACCUCAAGUCUAUCUUCGCCAUUGGCGAAUACUUGAGGGCGUACGUGAUAUCUACUGUCGAAGAGAAUACCGCCGGAAAAGGCAAGCGACGCAUUGAAUUGUCCCUGCGACCCAGUGAGGCCAACACUGGUCUGGAGAAAGACGAUGUUGUUGUAAACAGUAUGGUGAUGGCCUCGAUUGCCAGUGUCGAGGACCGCGGUUUUGUGAUGGAUACCGGUAUCGAAAAACUCGGUGCUUUCCUCGCCCGAAGCGAAGUCGACAAGAGCAUUGAUGAGCAAAGAUUGCAGCCAGGCUCUGUAUUCCUGUGCCAGGUCAUCAGCAAGGGUGCCAAUGGAAAGAUUGCGCAGCUCACCCUCCAGGAGAAGAAGAUCGGCAACCCCAAGAGCGUCCCGGCCGAUGCGACUACCAUCAACACUUUCCUCCCUGGUACCAUGGCCGAUGUCCUUGUCAACAAUACUGAUCGACGAGGUCUUUCUGGAAAGAUUAUGGGUCACCUCGAUGUUACUGCGGACAUCAUCCAUUCCGGUGUUGGUCCAGCUGGUGUGAGCCUGGACACAGCUUACAAGAUUGGCUCAAGGGUCAAGGCCCGAGUUAUCUGCAACUUCCCAGGUGCUAGGGAGCCCAAGCUUGGAAUCUCCCUUCUUCCUCAUAUUGCCACCCUCGAGAAGAAGCGCCCUACCAAGUCGACCGACUCCAAGAAGAACCCUACUCAGGUGCUCCCUAUCUCAUCUUUGGUGGAAACCUGCACAGUCCGUCAUGUUGAAGCCGAGAUCGGUCUAUUCGUCGAUAUUGGUAUUCCUGGCCUGAGCGGAUUCGUCCAUAUUUCUCGAGUCAAGGAUGGCAAGGUAGAUGCGCUCUAUGAAUCUAGCGGCCCCUACAAGGUUGGCUCUGAGCACAAGGGUCGUGUUGUUGGUUAUAACGAGAUUGACGGUCUUUUCCAAAUAUCCUUCGAGAAAUCAGUGCUCGAGCAAGAAUACCUCAGACUAGAGGAUGUUCCCGUCGGCGCUGUUGUGACAUGCAACAUUGAAAAGGUUGUUAUUGACGAGAAGGGAGUCAGCGGUCUCAUUGUCAAGGUAGCUGAAGGCAUUACUGGUUUCGUUCCUGAGCAGCAUCUUUCCGAUGUCCGACUGCAGCACCCGGAAAAGAAGUUCCGCCAGAACAUGAAGGUCAAGGCCCGAGUUCUCUCAACCAACUUGGCCAAGAAGCAGAUGCGCCUCACCUUGAAGAAGACCAUUGUUAACUCGGAGGCCCCUGUCAUCAAGUCCUACGAUGAGGCCAGUGUUGGUAUGCAGAUCCCUGGUACCAUUAUCAAGAUUCAGUCAUCAGGAGCCAUCAUCCAGUUCUUUGGCACCGUUCAGGGAUUUUUGCCCAUCUCCGAGAUGAGUGAAGCUUAUAUCAAGGAUCCUCAUGAGCACUUCCGAACUGGUCAAGUUGUUAGCAUUCACGUCCUAGAUGUUGAGCCCGAGACCAGAAGACUUGUUGUGUCUUGCAAGGAUCCUUCUGCCUUUGGCCUUGACAAGCAGAACGCUCUCAAGAAACUCCAGCUUGGUGACGUUGUCACCGCCAAGGUCACGCAGAAGACCGAGGAUCAAGUCUUGGUUGAACUUGCUGACUCCCAGCUCAAGGCUAUUCUUCCUGUUGGACACCUUACUGAUAAGUCAACAUCCAAGAACCAAUAUGCCUUCAAGCGUAUUGCUGUUGGUCAGACUCUUUCCGAUCUUGUGAUUAUUGAGAAGAACGAGAACCGACGUGCAGUUAUCCUCAGCCACAAGCCCAGUCUCGUCAGUGCUGGAAAGGAGAAGACUCUUCUCACUAGCUUCGAGGACGCUAAGGAAGGCAAGAUUGUUGCUGCCUUUGUCAGAAAUAUUACUGUUACGGCUGUGUUCGUCCAGUUCGCUGGAAACCUGACUGCUCUUCUUCCCAAGUCCCGACUUGCUGCUGAUAUUCAGGAGCAGCCUGGUUUCGGCAUGCACAAGCACCAGUCAAUCGAGGUCAAGAUCGUCUCUGUCAUUCCCGACCACCGCCGCAUUGUGGUGGCCCCGGCCGACUUUGACGAAUCCGCCGAACUGGACAGGAAGAGCAAGGCCAACGAUAAGCCUGCGGCUGCUGAUGACAUCGAGUUUGGAACCGUGACCAAGGCCAAGAUUACUUCUAUCAAGGAUACACAGCUCAACGUUCAAAUCGCCGACAGCAAGGUUCAGGGCCGAAUUGAUGUGUCUCAAAUUUUCGACAAGUGGGAAGACAUCACCGAUCCCAAGGAUCCUCUCGACAAAUACCACAAGAAGCAGGCCAUCUCUGUACGCGUGAUGGGAGUCCACAGUGCCAAGGAUCACCGAUUCUUGCCCUUCUCUCAUCGAUCGCUACACUCUGUGCUUGAACUUACUGCAAAGCCCAGCGAUAUCAAGGCCAAGAAGCUCGAACCCCUCAGCCUCGAAAGCCUCGUUGUCGGUGAAACCUAUACUGCCUUUGUCAACAACUCCAGCCCUCAGCACCUAUGGGUCAACCUUUCCCCUUCUGUCCGUGGUAGAAUAUCUGCCAUGGAAGCAUCAGAUGAUCUCUCACAGCUCAACGACCUUGAGGCAAACUUCCCUGUGGGAUCGGCUCUGAAGGUCAGAGUGACUGGCGUGGAUCUUCGCAACAACCGCCUCGAUCUCUCGGCUCGUUCUUCUAGUUCAUCCGAGACUGUUACAUGGAGCGCUCUGAAGCAGAACAUGGUUCUCCCUGGACGAAUCACCAAGGUCAACGAACGUCAAGUUCUGGUUAAGCUUAGCGAGGCUGUUUCAGGUCCUGUAUAUCUCCCUGAUAUGUCUGAUGAUUUUGACACUGUCAACACUCUCAAGCAUAAGAAAGGCGAUAUCGUUCGUGUUGCCAUUGUGGAGCUGGAUUCGAGCAACAAGAGACUUCGACUAUCAAUCCGUCCUUCUCGUAUCAUGAGCUCUACCCUUCCUGUGAAGGAUAAGGAGAUCAACGACGUUUCUCAGCUGGACGCUGGUGAAAUUGUUCGAGGCUUUGUCAAGAAUGUCUCGGAUAAGGGACUUUUCGUUCUCCUCGGUGGACAGGUGACUGCGCUGGUCAAGAUUUCCAACUUGUCAGAUCGCUACCUGAAGGAGUGGAAGGAUCACUUCCAGGUCGACCAGCUUGUCAAGGGCCGAGUUAUUGCUGUUGACAAGUUGACUCGUCAUGUGGAGCUGAGCUUGAAGUCUUCUGUUGUCGACGAAGACUACACGCCUCCUCUCAACUACAGCGACAUCAAGGAGGGCCAAACCGUGACCGGAAAGGUUCGCAAGGUUGAGGAGUUUGGCGCUUUCAUCUUGGUCGAUGGCUCUGACAACGUCAGUGGUCUUUGCCAUCGCAGCCAGAUGGCCGAGAACCCUGUCAAGGAUGCCACCAAGCUUUACAAGGAGGGUGACGCUGUCAAGGCUCGUGUUCUUGAAGUUGAUGCCAACAAGCGUCGUGUCACAUUUGGCCUCAAGCCUUCACUUUUCGAGGAUGCUGAUACUGACAUGAGCGACUCUGAUGCGGGUGCUGACCUCAAUGCUGAGGUCAGUGAUGACGAUGUGGAUAUGGAUGACACCGAUGCCCUACUCCAGAUCCUUGGCACAGACAAUGCUGGAGAUUCAGACGAUGACGAGGAUGACGACGAGGACGAAGACGACGAAGACGAUGAGGAUGAGGAUGGAGACUCUGAUGAGGAUGGAGACUCUGAUGAGGAUGGAGACUCUGAUGAGGAUGGAGACUCUGAUGAGGAUGAAGAGAUGGAGGAUGCGCCUGUCAAGAAGUCAAAGGGUCUUGGUGCUGGAAAGAAAUCUGAGUGGUCUGCCGAUCCCUUCGAUGAGCCAGAGUCCGAGUCUGAAGAGCAAUCGAAGAACGUCGAGAAGCCCAAGAAGAAGAAGCGAAGCAGAGACGAGAUCCAGAUCGACCGAACUGCCGAGCUAGAUGCCAACGGUCCCCAAACCUCUAGCGAUUACGAGCGAUUACUCCUCGGACAGCCCGACUCGUCAGAGCUGUGGAUUGCUUACAUGGCUUUCCAAAUGCAGGUCGCAGAGCUUUCCAAGGCACGAGAGGUUGCCGAGCGAGCUAUCAAGUCCAUCAACAUCCGGGAAGAGACAGAGAAGCUCAACGUCUGGGUGGCUUACCUCAACUUGGAGGUUGCUUACGGAACCAAGCAAACAGUGGAGGAUGUGUUCAAGAGAGCUUGUCAAUACAGCGAGGAGCAGGAGGUCUACGAGAGAUUGGCCAGUAUCUACAUUCAGUCUGGAAGGCUCAAGGAUGCCGACGCCCUCUUCGAGGCAAUGGUCAAGAAGUUUGGCGCCAAGUCUCCCAACGUCUGGCUCAACUAUGCCCACUUUUUGCACGUUACCCGCAAGGAUCCUUCACGAGCUCGUGCUCUACUACCGCGAGCCACUCAGCAACUCGGUAAACAGCACAGCAAGAACUUAGUGAGUCGCUUCGCUGCUCUGGAGUUCCGAUCUCCCAACGGGGAGCCUGAGCGUGGCCGCACCAUGUUCGAGGGUCUCUUCAGUGUCUACCCCAAGCAGGGUGAUCUCUGGAGUCAACGCCUCGAUCUCGAGAUUGGCCUUCCCGAGUCCGAUCCUACCGCUAUCCGCGACGUUUUCGAGAGCCGGACACGUGUCAAGGGUCUCAAGCCUCUGCAGGCAGAGAAGUGGUUCAGACGCUGGGCCGAAUGGGAGGAGAAGCUGGAUCCUAAGGGCAAGGGCAAGGGCAAGGACAAGGUGAUCGCCAAGGCUCAGGAAUGGACGGUCAAGUUCAAGGCGAGAAAGGAGGCCGAGGCUGCUGCUGCGGCAGCGGAGGCGGAUGAGAUGGAGGAGUAG